GGGGAUGCGGCCUCUAAUCGGCCGCUCUAGGCCCGGCGAGUGCUCUCUAUGGUCGGGCGGGCGGUGUGUUGUCAUCCGCGGAGCGACGGCCGGAGGCAGCGGCUUAGGCCCCGGCGGGGCGUUUGGUUUCGCUUUGGCCCUGACUGCAAUUAGCGUUGACGGUCGAAAUGGGAGUCCCCAAGUUUUACCGAUGGAUCUCGGAGCGGUAUCCCUGCCUCAGUGAAGUGGUGAAAGAGCAUCAGAUUCCUGAAUUUGAUAACUUGUACCUGGAUAUGAAUGGAAUCAUACAUCAAUGUUCCCAUCCUAAUGAUGAUGAUGUUCACUUCAGAAUUUCAGAUGAUAAAAUCUUUACUGAUAUUUUUCACUACUUGGAGGUGUUGUUUCGCAUUAUUAAACCUAGGAAAGUGUUCUUUAUGGCUGUUGAUGGUGUGGCUCCUCGAGCAAAAAUGAACCAGCAGCGGGGGAGGCGUUUUAGGUCAGCAAAGGAGGCAGAAGACAAAAUAAAAAAGGCAUUAGAAAAAGGAGAAACUCUUCCUACAGAGGCCAGAUUUGAUUCCAACUGUAUUACACCAGGGACUGAAUUCAUGGCCCGGUUACAUGAACAUCUGAAGUAUUUUGUAAAUAUGAAAAUUUCUACAGAUAAGUCGUGGCAAGGAGUUACCAUCUACUUCUCAGGCCAUGAGACUCCCGGAGAAGGAGAGCAUAAAAUCAUGGAAUUUAUCAGAUCGGAGAAAGCAAAGCCAGAUCAUGAUCCAAACACCAGGCAUUGUCUUUAUGGUUUAGAUGCUGACUUGAUUAUGCUUGGAUUAACAAGUCACGAGGCACAUUUCUCUCUUUUAAGAGAAGAGGUUCGGUUUGGUGGCAAAAAGACACAAAGGGUAUGUGCACCAGAAGAAACCACAUUUCACCUCCUACACUUGUCUUUAAUGAGAGAGUAUAUUGACUAUGAGUUUUCAGUAUUGAAAGACAAGAUCACUUUUAAAUAUGAUAUUGAAAGGAUAAUAGAUGAUUGGAUUUUGAUGGGAUUUCUUGUUGGCAAUGAUUUUAUCCCUCAUCUACCUCAUUUACAUAUUAAUCAUGAUGCACUGCCUCUUCUUUAUGGAACGUAUAUUACCAUCCUGCCAGAACUUGGUGGUUAUAUUAAUGAAAGUGGGCAUCUCAACUUACCUAGAUUUGAGAAAUACCUUGUGAAACUAUCAGAUUUUGAUCGGGAACACUUCAGUGAAGUUUUUGUGGACCUAAAGUGGUUUGAAAGCAAAGUUGGUAACAAGUACCUCAAUGAAGCAGCAGGUGUUGCAGCAGAAGAAGCCAAGACCUACAAGGAAAAGAAAAAAUCAAAGGGCCAGGAAAAUGCCAUUUGUUGGGCUGCUUUAGACAAAAAUGGAGAAGUGGUAACUUCUAAGGAUAAUUUAGAAGAUGAGACUGAAGAUGAUGACCUAUUUGAAACUGAGUUUAGACAAUAUAAAAGAACAUACUACAUGACGAAGAUGGGAGUUGAUGUAGUGUCUGACGACUUUCUGGCUGAUCAAGCUGCAUGUUAUGUUCAGGCAAUACAGUGGAUUUUGCACUAUUACUAUCACGGAGUUCAGUCUUGGAGCUGGUAUUAUCCCUACCAUUAUGCACCUUUCUUAUCUGAUAUCCGUAACAUCAGUACACUCAAAAUCCAUUUUGAACUAGGAAAACCUUUUAAGCCAUUUGAACAGCUUCUUGCUGUACUUCCAGCAGCUAGCAAAAAUUUACUUCCUACAUGCUACCAGCACUUGAUGACCAGUGAAGACUCACCAAUUAUAGAAUAUUAUCCACCUGAUUUUAAAACUGACCUAAAUGGGAAACAACAGGAAUGGGAAGCUGUGGUACUAAUACCUUUUAUUGAUGAGAAGCGAUUGUUGGAAGCCAUGGAAACAUGUAACCACUCCCUCAAAAAGGAAGAAAGGAAAAGAAACCAACAUAGUGAGUGCCUAAUGUGCUGGUAUGAUAGAGACACAGAGUUCACUUACCCGUCACCAUGGCCAGAAAAGUUCCCUGCCAUAGAACGUUGUUGUACAAGGUAUAAAAUAAUAUCAUUAGAUGCUUGGCGUGUAGACAUAAGCAAGAACAAAAUAACCAGGGUUGACCAGAAGGCACUGUAUUUCUGUGGAUUUCCUACCCUGAAACACAUCAAACACAAAUUUUUUUUGAAGAAAAGUGGGGUUCAAGUAUUCCAGCAAAGCAGUCGUGGAGAAAACAUGAUGUUAGAAAUCUUAGUGAAUGCAGAAUCAGAUGAACUUAGCGUAGAAAAUAUAGCUUCAUCAGUGCUUGGAAAGUCUGUCUUUGUUAAUUGGCCUCAUCUUGAAGAAGCUAGAGUUGUUGGUAUAUCAGAUGGAGAAACUAAAUUUUACUUGGAAGAACCUCCAGGAACACAGAAGCUUUAUUUGGGAAGAACUGCCCCACCAUCUAAAGUGGUCCAUCUUGGAGACAAGGAACAAUCUAACUGGACAAAAGAAGUACAAGGAAUUUCAGAAUACUACCUAAGAAGGAAAGGAAUAAUAAUAAAUGAAACAUCUGCAGUUGUAUAUGCUCAGUUACUCACAGGUCGUAAAUACCAAAUAAAUCAAAAUGGUGAAGUUCGUCUAGAGAAACAGUGGUCAAAACAAGUUCUUCCUUUUGUUUAUCAAACUAUUGUAAAGGACAUCCGAGCUUUUGACUCCCGUUUCUCCAAUAUCAAAACAUUGGAUGACUUGUUUCCUCCUAGAAGUAUGGUCUUUAUGCUGGGAACCCCCUAUUAUGGCUGCGCUGGAGAAGUUCAAGAUUCAGGGGAUGUGAUUACAGAAGGUAGGAUUCGUGUGGUUUUCAGCAUUCCAUGUGAACCCAAUCUUGAUGCUUUAAUACAGAACCAGCAUAAAUAUUCUAUAAAGUACAACCCAGGAUAUGUGUUGGCCAGUCGUCUUGGAGUGAGUGGAUACCUUGUUUCAAGGUUUACAGGAAGUAUUUUUAUUGGAAGAGGAUCUAGGAGAAACCCUCAUGGAGACCAUAAAGCAAAUGUGGGUUUGAAUCUCAAAUUCAACAAAAAAAAUGAGGAGGUACCUGGAUAUACCAAGAAAGUUGGAAGUGAGUGGAUGUAUUCAUCUGCAGCAGAACAACUUCUUGCAGAGUACUUAGAGAGAGCUCCAGAACUAUUUAGUUAUAUAGCCAAAAAUAGCCAAGAGGAUGUAUUCUAUGAAGAUGACAUUUGGCCUGGAGAAAAUGAGAACGGUGCCGAGAAAGUUCAAGAAAUUAUUACUUGGCUAAAGGGACAUCCUGUCAGUACUUUGUCUCGUUCUUCUUGUGAUUUACAAAUUCUGGAUGCAGCUAUUGUUGAGAAAAUUGAGGAAGAAGUCGAAAAGUGCAAGCAAAGAAAGAAUAAUAAGAAGGUACGAGUGACAGUGAAGCCCCAUUUGCUGUACAGACCUUUAGAACAGCAACAUGGAGUCAUUCCUGAUCGAGAUGCAGAAUUUCGUCUCUUUGACCGUGUGGUAAAUGUGAGAGAGAACUUUUCAGUUCCAGUUGGCCUUCGGGGCACCAUCAUAGGAAUUAAAGGGGCUAAUAGAGAAGCUGAUGUACUAUUUGAAGUGUUAUUUGAUGAAGAAUUUCCUGGAGGCUUAACAAUAAGGUGCUCUCCUGGUAGAGGUUAUCGACUGCCAACAAGUGCCUUGGUGAAUCUUACUCAUGGGAGUCGCUCUGAAACCGGAAAUCAGAAGUUGACAGCCAUUGUGAAACCACAACCAGCUGUGAAUCACUAUAACUCAAAUUCAUCAAUUUCAUCUGGGCAUUUGGGAGGCCUGAACCAUUCCCCUCAAUCACUUUUUGUUCCUACUCAAGUACCUACUAAAGAUGAUGAUGAAUUUUGCAACAUUUGGCAGUCCUUACAGGGAUCUGGAAAGGUUCAACACUUUCAGCCAACUCUACAAGAGAAGGUUGCAGUUCUACCUCAAGAAGUAAGUCAAGUAACUCAACAUCAUAAAUCUGGCUUUACUGACAACAGUAUUAAAUGUCAGCAAAGAAAACAUGAGCCUCACAGAAAAUUUAAAGAAGAGUGUAAGAGUCCUAAAACUGAGAGUCGAUUACAAAAACUGUCAAAUAAGCAGAUGCUUGGAGGGCCUGCCAAAUGUAAUAUUAAGCUAUUGAAGAGAAAUGAAAGUGCAGGAGUCUCAGAAAACCAGAAGGUUGUGACCAGUUACUCAAAUGCUAUUGAUAAGCCUAACCCUGGAAUUGAGAACUUUUUAGCAUCCUUGAAUAUCUCCAAAGAAAAUGAAGUACAGUCAUCUCAUCAUGAAGAGCCUCCAAGUGAAGAACUUUUGUCACCACAAUCAUUUGCUAUGAAGGGAACUCGGAUGCUUAAAGAAAUACUAAAAAUUGAUGGCUCUGAUGCUGUGGACCAUAAAAAUGAAAUGAAGCAGUUUGGUAAUGAAGUCACUGUUUCCUGUAAUAGAAGAGAUGAAUAUGGACCUUCCUCCCAGGCUAAACAAAAUAAGAAAUUAACAUCUUAUAUGAAUAAGCCUCACAGUACUAGCGAAUACCAUAAUGUUCAGUCUAUGGACCAUGUGUGUUGGCCUGCUCCCAGCCAUAUCCCUCCUGUGUCCACACCAGUAACUGAACUUUCUCGAAUUUGUUCCCUUGUUGGAAUGCUACAACCAGAUUUCUCCUUUCUUAGAACACCACAGACAAUGACAGUUUGCCAGGUAAAAUUAUCUAAUGGCUUACUGGUACAUGGGCCACAGUGCCAUUCUGAAAAUGAAGCCAAGGAAAAAGCCGCACUUUUUGCUUUACAACAAUUGGGCUCCUUAGGAGUGAAUUUCCCUUUGCCUCCACCAAUAUUUCCAAAUUAUCCUCCUGCUGUACCACCCGGAACCGUUCCCCCUGUUUUUCCUCAACCUACUGGCUGGGAUCACUAUGGAAGCAACUUAGCAUUGGGGGCAGCUAAUAUAAUGCCUUCAUCAUCUCAUCUCUUUGGCUCCAUGCCAUGGGGACCACCAGUGCCAGUUCCUGGGAAGCCAUUUCAUCAUACUUCAUAUUCUGGGACCAUGCCCAUGGCUGGGGGAAUGCCAGGUGGUGUGCACAAUCAGUUCAUACCUCUACAGGUUACUAAAAAAAGGGUUGCAAAUAAAAAGAACUUUGAGAGUAAGGAGGUCCAGAAUUCUCAAGCUACCCCGCUUCAGACUAGCCAGCCAGGGUCUUCCAUUGUCACCAAAGUGAUUCCACAGGAGAGUUCAUCAGCUUCCUUAAAGUCCUCUCAGAUUACUCAACCUGCAUCUUCUUUUCAAGCUGAAGCUGCCUCCCAAGGCCAUAGUAUGUCUCAUCACAAGUCCACACCAAGCUCAUCUUCAAGAAGAAAAUCAAGAAAACUGGCCGUCAAUUUUGGCGUUUCUAAACCUUCUGAAUAAAUUUGGUACUUGGAAUUAAAUUAAUUUCUUUCCUUUCCACCCACCUUUUUAGAAAUCUGUAUCUGUGUCUCAUAAAAAAUUAGAGUGUACUAUUUUAAAAUAGUAUGUUUUGAUUAAAAAUUUUCUUUUCAAUUAAAAUUUUUAAUUUGUUGUCAGGCACUUUUCAUGCUAUAUCAAAUUGUGCAUCUUAAACGUGCAGUUUUACAUCAGUUAUACCUCAGUAAAGCUGUAAAAAAGAAAAACUAAAUUAAACCUUGUGUUAAAAUAGUAUCAGUGGACUAAGCAUUAAAAUGUACCACUCUAACUCGGCCUCUCAUCAAUAGAAGUAUCCUGAACUAUGAAUUAGACAUCAUAGUGCAAUAAUAAUAAAAAAAAAUUUUACACUAUUGAGGGAUAAUUAAAUGGAGCAUGAAAAUUGGGCCUCAAGUGUAAUCUACUGAAUGUGGAUUUUAUUUCUCUUUUUAAUGAUGUGACAGGUUUGUCAGGAGAAUGGCUCUUAAAGUAUUUUAACUUACAUUUUGUUUUCUCUGAGGGUCCUUUAGACCUGCUGUGAAAUGAUCACACUUGUGGUGGUGCUGCCAGUUUUGCUUUAUUCUAAAUUUUGUACCAAAGCAACUUUAGAAUACUGAUCAGAAUAUUUCAAUUAACUGCUUAGAACUAUAAAUAGCAACCUAGAUUUGAGCAAGUAAUUACAAUUUUUUAGAUUAUUCAAGAACCAGCAUUAGAAAUUUCUAAUAAAAUUAAGUUUCAAAAUCUACAGGGUACAAGGACUACAAAUUAAUCUUCUAAUAGAAUAAAGUAAAAUAUAUUAAUCAUGUUGUUAGUUGAAAUAAACUGUGUUAUUCUUUUGUAUAGCUUUUUACCUGCUUAAACAUACAUGAGAGCUUCUUUGUUGGUCCAUGUGUAGUGAGUGCUUCUUGAGACUGAUGAAAUUCUAAUUUUUUAAAAAAUUCUGAGGUGUGCUAAAUACAGGCACAAUCAGUUUGUAAUGUACUUUAUUUACAUGACAAACGCCUGUCUCAUUCUGUUUCCAUAUUUUUAGCUUUAUGCUGAACUGUUCAGUGACUCUGGCAUUUUGUCUUUGCAUGUCAUGUAUGGGUGUGUAUUGUUCAAGCUGUGGCUGUUGAAAUUAUUUUAGAAUUUAUGAAAAUUUCUCAGUGGUACCAGGGCCUGAGUUUUUACAUGUAUACACAUACACACACACACACACACACACACACACACACACACACACACACACAUCCUUUAGUUUUUGUGAUAUGCUUAUAUUUUUAAGGAAGUAAGUUAUCAUACUUUUUUAAAAAGUAGGAACCAUAAUGUUUAUAUGGAGCUGCUUAUUAUUAUAGCCAGUUUCAUUUAACUCAUUAAAAACCCUGCCAUGAGUCUUAGUCUAUUUGUUUUUCUUUUUUUAAAUGCUUGUAUUGAACUAAAUGGAUUCCUUUCUCUAACUGCUGAUUUCAGAGUUUCUCUAAAUGUUAAGAGGAUAUUUGUAUAUUAGUAGUGCCUUUAGUGUAAGAGAUAAAUGUUCAUUAUCUGUCAUUUAUUAUAGUCAUGUGAGCGUCUGUGAUUUUAUUUUCUGUUAAUUUUCCAGAUUCAGAUGUUCAUUGGUUCCCAGCAUGUCCUUGUUGGGAAUGUUUAUCUGUAGUGGGAUCUUGAAUAAUGAGGCUCAAAUAAUUCUCAGUGUUUGUCCUUAGUGUCUCACAAACUCUGUAUUUGUUUUAAAAGGAAAUCUCUAUUAUGAGAAUACAAUACAAAAAAGUUAAAUUGUGAUAAUAGUGUUCUGUUAACCUCUUACUACUUUAAAGUGUGUUAAUAUUUUUCACUUUAUGUACCUGUGCAAACUCCAGCAUUCAAGAAUUGCCUCGCUCAUCACUGCUAUGUGGCCCUUCUAAAAACAGUGCACAACCCACAUCUUUUUUAGAGUACAAAGGAAGGAGCAUGUGCCAUUCUUCUGAAAACUCCACGAUAACUUUCAAGCAUAUUGCCACUGAACCCAUAAGGAUAUUACCCCAGUGUUUGAGCAAAGUGAGUUUAUAAUUCUACACGGAUAGGCAGCAAAAGUGUUUUCUUUUUGUUCCUUCCUCCCUUUUUAAAAAACACAUAGUAUUCUAAAGGUCAAGAUUGAAGAGAGAUUAAAAUAGGAAAGAGCUCGAUAAUGACUAGAUUAGUGGUCAAGCCUUCAUCUCUGUUCCUUUUCCUUUGUAGACCUGUUCCAAUAUGGGCAUGAGAUCAAUAGGAGAUCAGCAGGACUUGUGCCUCCCUGUGCAGGACAUAAGAAACAGAGACUAUUUUUAUCUCAUGAUAAUCUCUAGGACACUGGAUUCGUUGAUAGUAUGGGAAACUUAGUUUUUCCCUCUUGGAUGGGGCAAACUCGGACCAGUUCCAAGUUUAGAAAUAGGCCCAUUUGACUGUUGAAUCUGCUGUAAACUUUCUGUGAAAGCUGUGGUCUCUAUAGGGCAUAGGAGAGCAGAGUGCCCAAAUUGCUUCAUGCUUCCACGUAACGGAAGAAGUUAAAUCUAAAUAUUCUUACUCAGUAAUUUCCCUCUUUUUUUUUUUUUGAGUGCAUUAAGUGAAUUUUGAAAUUGAUUCUUCUAGUCUCAUUGUUCCUUGUUACAAUUGCCUGCAUUACCUGAUCAUCACCUAGUUUUAUAAUUUGACAAAAUGUAUUAAUUGAUUUAAACAUCAUGUAGACUAAAGUCUUAAAACAUCGGAGAGUCAGUUGCAUGAAACAUUAAUUUUGCCUCUGUGUGUACCUUGGUUUCAAUUUAAGAUGUUCUUGCUUUUCAGAGGGAUAAGGAGUUCUUUUAAAACUGAAAAGAUAAGGUUUGUUUUUGUUUUUGUUUUUCUAUUGGUGGGAGAGAUGAACUCUUUUUGAUGCAGGUUUUUUGUUGUUUUUCCUUUCCUAUGAUCAGGUAUUUGCUUUGGUUUUAGACUGUUAUUUCCAAACUAAUCUACAGUCUUCAUUUAAGGGGAGAAGCAGUGAAGGAGGAGUUGGAAGAAGGAAACCAAUUAAAUAAGAUAUAUCCAAUCACUGCAUUUUCAGACUCUAUCUUUCUAGCUCAAGGAAAUAGAUAAGUUGCAGGGGCUUUUUUAUUUACUCACUUUUUAAUCAUCUGUUCUGUUUGUAUUAAUGAAUCAUACAUUUUUGUAGUGGUUGUCUAAUUUUUACCUUAAGGUAGAGAAAACUGUCCAGAUCUCCAUUGAAGUUAGGCCUAACGUGCUUUGUCUCAUUGUUCAGAGCAUCUUUUUUAAAGCAACAGUGUAUAAUUUCCCAGCUUUUCAAGCUUGCUAUCUUUCUUAGGAUCACCUUGCCUCCAAAGUGUGUUUUUACUAUAGAGGAGAAUUAAUUUAUUGGAGAGAUAUAACUGUGACAAGCAUUCUCUACUUUAAAAAAAAAUUAAUCACUUAAGUUCCUUUAUCAUUUUUCUAGAGAUAGUGAUAGUACUCAAACUGGCAGUGUUCUUUAUAUUUUGUAAGCUUUGUCAGUGGAACAGUGUUUUUCACAGGAGCUUCCUUUCCUAGUCAGGAUAAAGCUUAAAAUUCCAGAAAUGAAUAUUUCAAACUGACCUGGUUUGUAUUUCCAUCAAACCUCUCCAUAUUCUGCCAGGGAGCAGUAAGAAACAGUGUUGAAACAGACAGGCAAUGGUCCUGAGUCAGCAGGCAUGCAGAAAUGUCCCUGUUGCCAUACUGAGUUAACAGCUCGGGUAUCGCUCUUUUUUUGGUGGGGGGGGGAAAUGUGUAAAAUAGUUUUAGUAAUUAAGAAUAUCAGCAAUCUAUAACUGCUUUUGUGUUUGUACGUAUGUCAGUGAACCAGCAAUUAUGCCUUGCUCAAUCAAUGCAUUCAGCCAUCUCAAGUGCAAUUUGUGAUGGAGACUCUGGUUUCCAGUAGAUAGUUUUACAUAGUUGAACCUGUAAAAAUUAAUUUUUUUCCAGCAGUACAUCCAUUGCUAUUGAUUUCAGCAAUUGGUAUACUAUUAAAUUGCCUAGGCCAAAUAAUUAAGUUUAUACAGAAUUUUUAGUAAUUUGAAGCCAAAUUCUCAUACUGUUUCUUAUGAAAUAAAAAGACUGAGAAUUUGGUCCACAGUUUGCUUUAAGUUAUUUUAUUCCUUUCCCUUUGCAGCUAAGGGACGUUAUCCUUUGUUUUGGGGUUUGGGUUUUUUUUGUUGUUUUGUUGCCUCAGGUCUCCUACAUUUUCUUUUGCUUGCACCCAGUUGCUUCUUUGAGGGUUUUCCUCUAUUUUGAUAUAUGAAUAAUAAAUAGUGUGCUGUAUCAUCGAAGUGUUCAACACUCUGUUCAUUUAAACAAUAUAAUUCAUACAUAUAUACCUUAAUUCAUUUCUUUUCUCACAUAGCUAUUUUAUAAGUAACUGGACUUUUUCAUUAGAUCUUAUACAGAGCAGUAUUUUAUUAAAAAUUCAAAAGGGAAGACUUUUAUGUGCUCAUUUUAUAGUUUUUGUUUUUUAAAUAUCUUUACAUUGUCUGCAAUUAAAGUGUUUUAAACUUGCAUUGGAAUGGACUCCGAAUGUAUUUUUGUGUUAAGUUGUACAUUUGUAGAUCUCUAGCAUGAAGUUAGCCUCAAAAUGUUGUGCAGAAGGAUUUUAAAAUAAGAGUCACUGAAAGAGUUUAAACAUUAUACAUGUUAAAUGCUAUAUGGAUUUUAAUUAAACACUUGAGAAUGAUUUCAAAA